GUGCGCAUGCGCCGCAGCUCUCUUCAAUCUAGGGCUGCGUUUCUCUUCAUAAAAACGGUAAGGACAAGCUGUUUUUACUGUGUGGUUUUAAAUAUGCUUGGCUGUAAAAUGUGAGCCGAUCUUACGACACUAGCGAGAGUUGUAGCCGGGGGUUGGGGGUAUAUUGCGGAUGGGGCUCAGCCAGCCAGGCUCGUCCAGAAUGGAGGGGCAACGCCGCCGCCGUGCCGUUGUUUGCUGUACGUGCCGCCGCACAGGGAGACGUCAUUUUGAGGGGGAGCGGAGAGUUAAAAUGCAGAGUUACGAAGGGACGUACGGUUCAGAGACAAGCGGCACGUAACCGUCACACUGUAAAUGCAAAGCUUUACCGUCUCGGACAGUAUAGUUACCAGUAUUUUCCAGGUUGCCACACGUUAAGUUACGCCCUUGUGUUAGCCGUAAUGGCUACCGCCGAGCUAGUCUGGAGCUGUGUGGGUCUCCACGGCCAGAAGCAGUCACUGCCCACGGAGAUGAACAAACUCCUGGACAGCUGUCAUAUGAAAGCAGCCCUCCUCUGCAGUCUCCUCUGAGUGUGAUGGCGACCACCGACGAGGUCACAGUGUCCAUGGCGGAGGUGGUGAUGGUGAAGGAUAUCGGUGAAGGAGACAGCGAUGAUCCUAAUAAGACUCAGGUCAUCCUGCAGCUCCAGCCAGUCCCCACUGGAGAUGAAUCAGCUGAAACAGAUGCAGCUGUCAUGACUGUUGAAGCACAACCAGAACAAACUGAUGGAGAUGACGUUGAAAUUGGCUGUCCCAUAACAUGCGGCGACUGUAAAGCGGUGUUGCUAGUGAAGAAGUUUGUGUGCCCAGGCAUCAACGUCAAAUGUGUGAAGUAUGAAGACCAGCUCAUCAGCCCAAAGCAGUUUGUGCACAUUUCUGGAAAAGCCACUCUGAAAGAUUGGAAAAGAGCCAUCAGGAUGGGUGGAAUCAUGUUAAGAAAAAUGAUGGAUUCAGGUCAACUUGACUUUUACCAGCACAGCACUCUGUGCACCAACACCUGCCGCAGCACCAAGUUUGACCUUUUAAUCAACAACACACGGUUCCCUCCUGACGGCUCUGGACUGACCACGCCCACGUCUUCUCAAGCUCAGGUGGCUUUGGGUAAUGGCGGCACAGCAGGAGAGGACCGGGUGGAGGUUCUGAGCGGGAAGAUGGACUGGAUAACAAGCUCACUGGAGGCUGCAGACAAGAAGGAGUCUAAUGAGAUCUCAGAGGACACGCUGAACUUCUGGAAGGGCAUCGCUGAUGUGGGUUUGCUGGGUGAAGUGGUGACCAACAUCAGUACAGAGCUGCUGGAGCUGCUGAACGGCGUGCAGCAGCGCAGGGAGCCGGCUGCCUUACAGGACACAGAUUCCUGUCUGGUAGAGGUGGCGGUGCUCAGUAACCUCGCCCAGGUGUUCGGCCUGCUCGACUCGGUCAAGAAGACGCUGGAAAGGAGGAGGCAGCAGACGGAUCCCAGCCAGGAGCAAAUCCUCAGCACGCUCACCAACCUGGAGCUGCAGUUGGAGGAACAGAGGAAGCAGCAGCAGGUGCGGGCUCUCCUGUCCUGCCCGCAGCCCGCCAAAAACAAAACUCCCACCAAGCGGCAGACCAAGCGGCCUCGCCUCCAGAGGCCCGCCUCCACCACCACCCUCCUCACCUCCCCCAUCAGCCAGCAGGCCACCCUGCAGCCCCAGCAGUUCACCGUUCUCUCCCCCAUCUCUCUGUCCUCCGUGGGCCAGCCAUUCACCGUGGCGGGCCUGCCCAUCGCCUCCCUGGCCCAGUCCUCCAACACGGUCACCCUGCUCCCCGCCGGCUCACAGCUCUUCACCCGCUACAUGGUGGCCGGGGACGGAAAGACGGACACCAUAACCUUGCACCCGUCCUCGGGCCUCACGCUGUUGGGCACCACCAUGCAAGACUCCAGCCAGUUGGGCACGAUGGUGAGCCCCGUAGAGCUGCUGCAGCUGAGCCAGCAGGCUGGCGGCGCGGAGGUGGUGCCCAUCGAAGGCCAGGUGAUGGACGGCACCAUGCUGGUGCAGCAGGAGGUGAUGCAGGGCGAGGUGGAGGCCGGCCAGGAGCACACGGUCAUCGAGAUCAACCCGGCUCCGAUGGAGCAGGGGGUGGGGGUGAUGGAGCUGCAGCUGAGCGGGGACUCGGGCAGAGACGGGACCACCAUGAUGGUCCAGAGCGGGAUGGAGGUGACCAUGGCCGCAGGGGGGGAGGAGACGCAGUGCCAAAUGCAGGAGGAGCAGACUGAGGGGGUUGAGGGGCUGCAGCUGGACGCCAGCGGACAGUUGUCAGGUGUACAGAUAGUGGUGAUAGAAGAGAAUACUCAGGAAGAAAACAAGGUCAAAUGAGACGCACCUCUUACUUUAUCCAGCAGAGCAGGUAUGGACUCAGACUGAAACUGUAAAUACACAGAAUUUCCAAAUCCACAAAUUGCCUUGGCCUAAGACCAAGCUCUAGGGGUAGCCAUUUUUUCUUUUUUGGUGUGUGUAUGUAUGUGUGCGUGUGUGUGUGUGCGUUUGUAUGUGUGUGUGUGUGUGUGUGUGUGUGUGUGUGUGUACAUGCUCCAACUUGUUGAUUUUUAGUUUUGUAUUUAAAGAAUGCCUCUGGUUUUUUACAACUUAGGUCAGAUGUUUGUAAUUUUGGCUCUCAUUUCUAGCUGUAAUAAUAACACCGUACUAACAAAGUCAAACAUUGAGAUGUGCUAACUUUUCAGUAUUUCCAAACAGAAGUCAGACAGGCCAAUACAAGUCAUUAGACACUCAGACAGGCUUUAUACAAAUCUUCAGAUAAACAGAUAAAUCUGUUGUGUUUUCCUGUACAAUAAUAAACCUUUUCAGUGUGCUCACUUUCAGUUUUACCUCGAAAUAAAAAGGGGUAUAUCAGAGUUUCCUGGACCUGUAACAGUAUGAUUAUUCAAAAAGAGCUGAAGAAUGAUUAAAUAACAUUUCAGACGAUCAUAACCUUAAACUUAGAAAAAGCGUUUUGCCUGGAUAAUCUUUCUUAGGUUAUUGGGUUUUUUUCCCAUUUGUGAAACAGUUGAAAAAAAGCUUUCUAUGAUGUUUGUUCUAAGUAACUAACUAAGUAAAUAAGCAACUAAGUUCUUUUAGUCCUAUUGAGAACAGGAGGAAUGGUGCACUUCAGCCCCUUGUGACCGAAAAGAGUAUUACAACAACAAACACCAAGGCUGCAUUCACAAGAUCUGGCAGUGCAGCAGAAACGCCAGCAUUCUCCAGAUCAUAAAUGUGGAGAUCAUAAAAACAAUCUGACAUUAUACGAGCAUUGUGAAGAAAAAAAGUCGACCUGUGCUUCGUCCUGCAGCUAAUCACGGCACACAAACAAACUAAACCCAAAACUUUUCACAGAUGGAAAAAAACCUAGAAAAACAAUCCUGGCAAAACUUUGUUUCACCUAUUCUUAAGUCAUAAACACAGUAAAGAAAACAGUUGAAAACAGAUGAAAAAGGGCCUCUCAGGGCUUCCGUAUGGUUUAAGACUACACAGUCACACAGAGGGAACUCUUGGGCUGUGUGAUGUGGCCAGACUCUUCUAUCCUGAUAUAUAUCAUCUUGAUAAUAAUGUAUAUCACGAUACAGUAUAUACAUGUUCACUCCCACAUGCAACUAUAGAAUGCCAUAUUGCUAUUCCGCCCCUGGUUUUUCAUACUGAUGGAAACAAUAUAUGAACUAUUUAUGAUACACAUUUUUAUAUUGUUUUACCCUACAAAUUGCCAUAUUGCCCAGCCCUAAGAACCCCCUGAUUAAGUUAAUAAGGCUAAACUGUUCACAGUUUCCAGCCUGUCUAUAUAAAACUAGAGCUGAAACAAUUAUUCGAUUAAUUGAACAAGAAUCGAUUAUUAAAUUAAUCGUCAACUAUUUUGAUAAUCUAAUAAUUGGUUCGAGCAGUUUUUUUAAGACAAUAAGUCCAAAUCCUCUGAUUUCAGGGUCACUUCUGGUUUCUUUGUUCCUUUAUGACAAUAAACUGAAUAUCUCUUUGGUUUGUGGACAAAACAAGAGAUUUGAGGACGUCAUCUUGUGGUUUUGGAAACACUGAUUGAUAUUUGUCAACAUUUUAUUGACCAAUCAACUAAUCAAUUAAUCGUUAAAAUAAUCGACAGAUUCAUCGAUAAUGAAUAUAAUCGUUAGUUGCAGCUCUACAGUAUAUACAUUUUCACUCCCACAUGCAACAUCAGAAUUGCCAUCAGCCACUUAUUUUUCUUUCUGAUAGAAACAA